ACCGGCAUUUGCGUUCCUCAAUUCUCCACCGAAAUGUAUCGCCCGGCAGGAUACGACGACUCGGAUGAGGAUGAUGAGUACGACGAGUUCGGAUUCUAUUCUGAGUGCCCGAGGCCGACACCGGCAGUUCCACGUGCUCCUCCGGUCAAUUAUGAGCUGCUGCUGAAUAAUGCGGUAUGUGAUGGCAAUUUGGAAGAGACGAAGCGGAUCCUGGACCUCGAUAGAAGCCUGCGCUCCGGUGGCUUGGUGGCCCAGGGAUGGCCCAUUAUAUUCAGCGCGUGCUACGAGGCACACCGAGAUAUCGUGGAGUAUCUGCUGGUGGUGGAAAAGGUAGACGCUAAUCAGAUGAUCGGCAUGGAGACGGCACUGAUGAAGGCCUGUGCUUCGCCGAAACCUACGGAGCUGGUGUAUCCGGUCGUCCGGCUGUUGCUCGAUUUCGGGGCCAUCAUCGAGGUGCUGGAUCGAUUCGGUUGUACGCCACUCAUGUUUGCCUGCCAGCAGGGCCACCUGAAGGUGGUGAAGGAAAUAGUUGGCGAAUCUCCACUGAUAACGGUGGACCGAGAUGGGAAUACGGCUCUCUUUCUCGCCGUUAUAAACAAUCACUACGAGAUCGUCAAAGGGUUGCUGCGUGCCGGUGCCCAGCCCAACAUCGUGAACCGGGCCGGAUUUACGCCGAGACAAUGUGCCAUUCUUGCGGGCCACACGGAGGUGGCUGAACUUUUCCCGGCAGAAGAGGAACCAUACCUGGUGGCGGCCAAGUAUCGUAAUUACUCGAACUACAAAGAUCUGAUCGACAGCGGGCAUCACUCGAACAUCGAUGGGCUUCUGUUUGGGAUGAAUAGUGAGGACAUGCUGCACUUUUUCGCCAAAAAGGACGUAGAUCUGUUCGACUUUCUCACCAUGACCGACGAUCGUUUGCGCGAAGUUGGCAUCAAGUAUCCGAUUCAGCGUAAAAGGAUUCUGCUCGGGCUGUACGAUCUCCACCAGCAUCCCUGGUCAAAGGGCAGUCUGAAUGUCCAGCAAACAGCGUCUACUAUUGAUAUGUACGACACACUAGAGAUGCUGGCUAAUAUCCACAAGCAGAUGAUCGUCCUGCAUAGUACACUGGUUUACACGAAAGAGCUCAUCGAACGCAGCCAGAAUCCGCAGGCUUUCGAUGAUGUUAUGGAAGCUUCCAACUUGCAGCGGGUACUUAGAGCCUUGCAGAGUACAAUGCGCGGGUUUCAGGCACAACUACUCGUGCACCAUAAGCUGUCUGCUCCGAAGCCGAUUCUCCAUAUAACGUCCGAACCGAAACUGCCAAUCAAAUCCAAGAAACCAUUGAAAGUAUGUGCCUUCUUAGGUCUGCUCGGUUGUGUGGUAUAUUUGAAGUUUAGAAAAUAAAGAUCUCCUUUGUUCGUUCCUUG